UGUUCAAUGAGAGAGUUUCGAAUUUCGAAUUUUAUUUUCAGGAGUUUUUUUGAGAAAGUUGUUGAAUUUGGCGGGAUUUGUGAAAUUCCUCUGGCUAUUGGUGUGGAUUUGAGUUUAAAAUGACCGAGAAUUUUGAAACUUGUUGGUAAAUUUUUUGUUUUUAUUUGAUUUUUGAUGGAGAACGGUGAAGGAGGGGAUGUCCCUCGAAAUAAGGCUUCGCCGGAAUUUCCACCAAAGAAGCUAGGGAGGCAGCUAGAUUUUACGAGCUAUGGCGGUGCAUCGGCGGCAGCUGUUGCGUUGCCGGAGCACCCUCAGCAGCCGAAGCCGACUCCGCCGACAGUGCCACCACCGAAGCCACAGCCACAGCUACAGCUACAACCACGACCUCAGAUACAGUCACAGCAACAUGGACAGAUGCUUUUUAUGCCGACGCAACAACCUCAGGCGCCACCUCAUCUUUCGUUAAGGCCUUUGUAA